CCGCGGGGGAUGCCGGGAGCGCGCAGUGGCGGCAGCGGCGGCGACGGCAGUAGCAGCGGCGGCUACAGAGGGGACGCGAGCGGGGCGGUGACCGUGUGGGAGGUGGUCUCACUCUUGGGGAAGCUGCUGGGCACUGUCGCCGCGCUGAAGGUGGUUCUGUACCUGCUCCGGGUGUGCUUAGCGAUGGCCUGGAAAUCCGGCGGCGCCAGCCACUCGGAGCUAAUCCACAACCUCCGCAAAAAUGGAAUCAUCAAGACAGAUAAAGUAUUUGAAGUAAUGCUGGCCACAGACCGCUCUCACUAUGCAAAAUGUAACCCUUAUAUGGAUUCUCCACAAUCAAUAGGGUUCCAAGCAACAAUCAGUGCUCCACACAUGCAUGCAUAUGCACUAGAACUUCUAUUUGAUCAAUUGCAUGAAGGAGCUAAAGCUCUUGAUGUAGGAUCUGGAAGUGGAAUCCUUACUGCAUGUUUUGCACGUAUGGUUGGACCUAGUGGAAAAGUCAUAGGAAUUGACCACAUUAAAGAGCUAGUAGACGACUCAGUAAAUAAUGUCAGAAAGGAUGAUCCAAUGCUUUUGUCUUCAGGAAGAGUGCAACUGGUUGUGGGGGAUGGAAGAAUGGGAUAUGCCGAAGAAGCCCCUUAUGAUGCCAUUCAUGUAGGAGCUGCAGCCCCAGUUGUGCCCCAGGCACUAAUAGAUCAGCUAAAGCCUGGUGGAAGAUUGAUAUUGCCAGUUGGUCCUGCAGGUGGAAACCAGAUGCUGGAGCAGUAUGACAAGCUACAGGACGGCAGCGUCAAAAUGAAGCCUCUGAUGGGGGUGAUAUACGUGCCUUUAACAGACAAAGAAAAGCAGUGGUCCAGGAUUUCCAGUACUAUGUUGAAUAAAAGUGGCGAGAGUGGGCAUCCUUGUCUUGUUCCUGAUUUUAGAGGAAAAGCUUUCAGCUUUUCACCGUUGAAUAUGAUGUUAGCUGUGAGCUUGUCAUAUGUGGCCUUUAUUAUGUUGAGUUGCUGGUACAGUGCUGCACCUGGCUGAGCGAAUGGUUUCUUUUGGAGCUGAUAAAGCUGCCUUAUGAAAUCAGCUGACAGAGACGAACUGUAAAAGCAACAUCAGCUUUGCCCAGUAUAUAAUAUUCCCGUGGAUUGCUCAUCUCAGGCCUCAAAGCUUUGGAAAAUCAACAGCAUCACAGCUUGUUCUGGACUUUCUUACACUAUUUUCAGCAUGAAAAUGUGUGGUUUUGUGGGGUUUCUAAUUCUUCAAAGAGGCACAGAAGCCAAAUUGGUAGAAGGAUGCAAAUAUAAAUUUGUGUAUCAUUACUUUAACAUGCCCACGUUUUACUUUCAAUGUUAAAAGAAAGGGUUCUGCAAAAUGGAAAACACAGUUUGUGUAUUGAUUUUGAGGAGUGGUUUUUCUUUUCUUAAGACACUUAAUUCUGUUCAGAUGUUAAUUUAUCAGAUUGCUUUUGUGCAUCAGGUAACACCACCACUCAUAAGUUAAGAUUCUUGGUUUUUGGGUGUAUGUUAGAUGCUACUAAGAAAAUAGAGAUGAGCUUCCUUUUUAAAGCUUUUGAUGUGGUGUCAUAGGAUAGCAUGUUGUAGAUACAAUCGGCUGCUUUGUUACCUUAAAGCUAAGCAUUUGUAAAUAUUAAAACUUAAGAAGAUGACAGGUGAUGUCCCUUAAAACAGCUGUUCAGAUUGGACAUAACUGACAUAGUUCUUCCUUUCUCUCUUUAAAAAUUCUAGGAGACUUGUAGCUCAGUAUUGUUUUUCUGUUUCUGAUUUGCUGCUCAUAAUGUAUAUGAACUUAACAUGCUGUGUAAGCUGCAUCCUAGUCACUGAACAGUUGAUGCAGUGCUGCUUUGCCAAAUAAAGUUAAAAGUGAAAGGCA